CUUGUGAGUGACUCCGCACUCCACAUAAGAGUAGUUCAGUGUUGAACAAGCUUGACUGGUUCACUGCUCUCUCUCUCAAAACUCUCAAAUACUAUCAUGGCUGUUUCAGUGUCUGUCUUCUUGGGUUUCUUUCUGGGUCUUGUUUUUGUGGGUUUGGUUAGCUCAGCAAAGUUUGAUCAGCUCUUUCAGCCAAGCUGGGCUAAUGAUCAUUUGGUCUAUGAAGGAGAGCUUCUUAAGCUCAAGCUGGACCAUUAUUCUGGAGCUGGAUUUUCAUCAAAGAGCAGGUAUAUGUUUGGGAAGGUGACCAUACAGAUUAAGCUUGUUGAGGGUGACUCUGCUGGAACUGUUACUGCUUUCUAUAUGUCCUCGGACGGUCCAAAUCACAAUGAAUUUGAUUUUGAGUUUUUGGGCAACACUACUGGUGAACCUUACACUAUUCAAACCAAUAUUUAUGUGAACGGUGUCGGUAACAGAGAGCAAAGAUUGAACCUUUGGUUUGACCCAACCAAGGAAUUCCACUCCUACUCGCUUUUCUGGAACCAGCGCCACGUACUGUUUCUAGUGGAUGAUACGCCAAUAAGAGUUCAUCCAAACAUGGAAAACAAAGGAUUACCAUUCCCUAAGGACCAGCCCAUGGGUGUGUACAGCUCAAUUUGGAACGCAGAUGACUGGGCCACACAAGGGGGUAGGGUCAAGACGGACUGGUCCCAUGCACCCUUCAUUGCCACCUACACGGGUUUUGAAAUUGAUGCUUGUGAGGUCCCAGCGUCCGUGGCUGCAACCGAAAGUGCCAAGAAUUGCAGCAGCAGUGGGGUAAAGAGGUAUUGGUGGGACGAGCCCACGUUGGCCGAGCUCAAUGUGCACCAGAGCCACCAGCUGAAGUGGGUUAAGGCUAGACACAUGACCUAUGACUAUUGCACUGACACGGCUAGGUUCCCAGUCAUGCCCCUAGAAUGUGUGCACCAUCGCCACUAAGUCUGUAUUUGGCCAGUGAAUCAUUUGGAACAGUGUAAAAAAAAAUGGAUGGGUUGUUGGGUAUGGGUACGUUGUAAAAAUGGAUGGAAUAGGAGGAGGGGUGGGUGAUUAUGUAAUCAAAUGUCAUAAAGCAUGUGCUUCAUGUUUGUUACAUAAUUUUGUUCUUGAACUUUCUGGUUGUAUGGUUGUACGAUAUUUCAAAGUUUUAAUGUGAUUUUAAAUUUUCUGUUGUA